CCAUUGCCUCCCUCACUUUCAAUGUCCUCAUGAACACCCUCUCCGUGGCCUCGCACCUCCUCCUCAAACCCCUCCUCUUCGUCCUCCCAUUCAUCACCUCACUCUUCUAUCCCUUCUACCUCGCUCUCUCCCUCGUGCUUGAUGCGCUCGUGGUCACGCCGUACACCAUCGCCACUGGCAUCCUCACUGCGCUUUACCCGCUGUACGUCCUCGUCGGAGUCGCGUCCAUCGCCGGGCUCGCCGUCGGUGCCUGUGGGCGUUGGAUGGCCGAGGGGCUCAAGAUGGCGAUUAUGAGCAUCGCGCCACGCCCCUGGCCAAAGCCCACUAAGGUGGAGCCGAAGAAGCUGCAGCAGGAAGCAGCGCAGAAGCCGCCGCCGCCGAUUUAUGGUCCGCGGUCACCAGCGGCGUUGAGGAAGAGACGAAGGAGGACAGCGUUUCAGGAGCCUGGGACGUCUUAUCAGACGUGAUGUAUUGCAUGUUUGGUGUUUUUCUUCUGCUUGCUGUUAUUUAAGCAUUCGCUCACGCAGUAUGUUACUUAGCACUGUACUGUAUUAUCGCC